UCGAUAAAAAGCCGGGAUUUGGACGAAAUUUCACUAAAAACAUCAAAAAAUGAAUAAAAAUCAUUGAAAAAUGUUAAAAAAUUGGCAUGGAAAGUACUUCUGAGCUGUUGAAACAUCACGAACGCCUCGAAUAUUGCCGAAAUCGACCUCAAUAUAGGAAUGGAAAGGAAUUAAAAGCGGUUAAGGCCUAUUCCGUGACAAAUGAGUCCAAACAUCUCUAUAUUUUCGGCGUUCCUCGAGUAAAUCUCAAAAACGACUUGAAAAAACUGCUUCAGAAGUGCGGAAAUAUCGUUCACAUCGAGAACAUUAGCGAUGAAAUCACAAAAUCCGGUGCAAAAUUGGAACUUUUCACGGAUUGCUUCCAUGUGGCGUUCGAAAAAGAGGAAUCGGCUCGAAAAGCGAAGAAAUUCAACGAUGCCCGGAACUUUAUGGGAGGAAUUUUGCACAUUUCGUAUGCUUUUGAGCGCGAAAGUGUCGAAGAAACGCGCGCCAAACUCAAUAAAAGGCGCAUGGAAGUGAAUUUUAGACUGAAAAUCAACAAAAAAUCCGAAAUCGAAGGAGAAACCUCAGAAAAAAAGCGAGAAAAUCCCUUUGAUGAAGCUGAAAAUCGUAAAAAACUGAAAAAAUAACGUUUCCUUUUCUUUAUUUUUAUAAAGCCAAGUUUCGUGACACUUUCUCUACAUAACAUUUCUAGCGCACUUGUUUUUUCGGGUAACAACUUUUCAUGGGUGAAACCAGGUCGAAAAUUGUCAAUUUUAGCGAAAAAUAAAUAAAUAAUUGAGCAUUUCAUUUGCGAGACAAUCUUUUCAAGUCCUAUCACUACUUUUGAUGCCAUUCCGUUCAAAGCUGUUCGAGCCAAUAAUUUUUUGGAAAUUUUAAAUUUUUGUGAUUUGUGGAAGGGGGAAAAUUUUUGGUGUGGCAAUAAUUUUAACGUGAUUAACUCCGAAAGACGUUCGGAGAGAGAUUCAGA